AUGGCAUUAGCACCGCUCACAGGGGCUUAUCGCCUGAGAGAAAUGCUCGCGGACCCAGACAAAGUCAUUGUUUGUCCUGGCGUCUUCGAUGGAUUGACGGCUCGCCUGGCUCUUGCUGCUGGUUUUGAUGCAAUAUACAUGACUGGUGCAGGAACCUCGAUGUCAAAGCUUGGUUGGGCAGACCUAGGAAUCGCGACUCAAGUCGACAUGCGAAGUAAUGCUGAGAUGAUCGCAUCACUGAGUCCUGGGGUACCUUUGAUAGCAGACGCGGACACGGGCUACGGAGGGCCGAUAAUGGUCUCGAGAACUGUUGCACAGUAUGCCAGGGCAGGAGUAGCUGCUUUGCACAUCGAAGACCAGGCACAAGAGAAAAGAUGCGGGCAUCUCCUGGGCAAAGUGAUCGUGGAGCGAGACGUGUAUUACAGUCGCCUCCGGGCUGCUGUGACCGCUCGGAAUCAGCUUCAGUCCGAAAUGAUGAUCAUCGCCAGAACCGACGCCCGCCAGACGUAUGGAUUCGACGAAGCCGUCGAGAGGUUGCAGGAGGCCGUCAGAAUUGGCGUAGACAUUGUCUUUUUCGAAGCAAUCGCCUCGAAAGAGGAAGCACGCAAAGUCUGCGAGAUCUUUGCAAGCACGCCUGUGCUCUUGAACAUGGUGCCGGGCGGAGUCACCCCUAAUAUGACCGUCGCGGAAGCCAAGGAGAUCGGAUUCAGAGUGGUAAUCUUUCCAGCUGCUUGUAUCGAGCCAGUCAUCAAAAGUGUGACUGCAGAACUCCAGUAUUUGAAACAGCAUGGAGCUCCAUCGCCCGAUUUCAGCUCAGCAGGCGUCAAGACAGCGUUCAACUUAUGCGGACUGCAGGAUUGUAUACAUGUCGACAAGGCCGCAGGCGGUAAGGCGUAUGAUAGUGUAGGAUCAUAG